AUGUUUAUGGAAAUUCAGGUGCAUUUAAGUACAAAGGGGUUAAGUUAGUAAUCUGUGAUUAUCUAUAUAUCUAUAUAUGAGACUCACGUUCGUUGAGGAGUUUUAUGAUUCAAUUCGAACGAGAAUCAAAAAUGCUGAGGUUACAGUAUAAAACAUCAAUAUGUCAAUAUAUGGAAUAGGAAUAUUUUAGAAAUAUAAGGUAAGUUUUGUAGUAAUUAAAGGUUUUAAUAGAAAAUAAGUGUAGUUUUUGAAAACAGUUGUAAAAUUAUGAUAGUGUUUGAUUCUCUGGAGACACAAUCUUAAAUGACACAAUGCUCCUUUCACUGGAAAAAUAUGUUGUUAAAUGAACCUUUUUGUAUUAUCAAUUUAAAUUAUUAUCUGUGAAUAUAUUACCUUGAAAUUUUAAUAUAUUAUUCUGAUAUAGAACAUAACAGCAUCGAACAAUAUGGUAAGCUUAUAAAGAAAUAAAAUUACAUUUAUUUUGCAGAUUUAUAUUAUAUUGGCACAAAAUGUAAUAUUAAAGAUAAUAUUCUUAUAUUAUGUUUACAAUGGGGAAAGUUAUACCAAUGAGCUGGUUGAACCAGAUAUUAAUUUUAAGUAUAUUAUGCGCAUUGUUAUCUUUAAUUAUACAAGAAUGGGCUGGUCUCACACCAUUACCGAUGUAUGUUUUUAUUUCAUGGGCUAUAUUUAUUAUAAUACUGUCAGUGUGGCUCAGUUGUUUUUUAUUUCAACUUGCAUUGAAAGCUAAUAGGCCGCUUAAUAUAAAAUUUCUUAAUAACUGGUUACAUAAAAAAAUACUAAACAAUUUAAGAUUACAUGAUUCUGAAAAUGAAAGUGAUUGUAAUAAUAAAUAUGAGAAUGCAGUAGAAGUAAAUAAAGACGCAAAUUCGACACAAAUAUCUGCUGAGAAGCAAAAGCAUAAAAUGAAAAGCACAGCUAGUGGAAAAGAUAUUUCCGCAAAAAGAAAAAGAGCGAUAGAAAUACAUAAUUUAGUAAAGGAAAUAAAUUUAAAAUGCAUAAAUGUUUGGUAUAAAUCUAUCAGUGAUGAUACAUCAUUUCCUAAUGAAGCACAAGAGCUACUGAAAAAGUUACUGACCAAAUUGUUUCAUAAAAUCAGUUUAAUAGACAAAAUAAAGCUUACUCAUAAGCUGUUUAAUGUGUUCUUAUUACAUUUAAAGGAGUAUCACAGAGCAUUACGGCGAGUAGAAAAAGGAACUGCAUCAAAUAUUGAGGAAGCAUUUAAAUAUUUACAUUCCGGUUCCCGUAAUAUGCCAGCCUUAGAGCAUAGGCUGCAUCGAAUGGUUACUAUCUUAGCACAAGAAUUUUUACAAUGGGAGUUAACAAGUUCAUUAUCAUGUAAAUUGUUGUUAUCUAUCUUAGCAAAAAGAUUAUUAAUAGUCAUUGAAACAGUAAGUUCUCCAAAUUGGUUAUUUCGAAACUUAUCUGACUUACUGCAACCAAUACCAAAGGACAUUUCCAAAACUCAAAGUGAACAGCAAGAUAAUAUAUCACAAGUCAAAAAAGCUAUAUCCAAUGCUCUGGGAGAUGGUAUAACAUCUGCAACAGCAGCUGUGAUUCCACGACCAUUACCAAAACCAAAAUCUGAGUCAUCUACCGACGCUUUAAUUGAUCAUGAAAAUACCUCACCGUCUAUAAAUGAUAAGAGAUCCACUUUACGUUUACAUAACUUAGGUACAGAACAUAGAGGUCUAUGGGGUCAAAGUAUGAUAGAGGUAGAUUCUGAAAUGGAAGAGGAUAAAAUAUCUCCUGUGUACGAGGAACCUACAGAUUUUGCUACAACAAUUGCUAGACUUAGAACUGUAUUACAACAAAAAUCAACUGUGAAUACACCAUUACAUGUGGAAGAAAAAUCUUAUGUAAUAUAUGAUGGUAGUCAAUUUACAAAUUUGUCCAUUCCUUGGACAGAAUUUCAUACAGCACUUGAUGGAUCACAGCAGUUAUUUUAUUGUAUUCAAUUUGAUGAUAUAGAACAACGUGGGGUUGAUCUCUUUGAAACUACAACUGCUACUGUUAGAAGACAAUAUCAUGAUUUUGCUCAGUUACAUACUAGUCUACAAGAGAUCCCAGAAUUAGCAUCUAUUAUGACAAACUUGAUAUUACCAGAAGGUGGUCGUCUUGAAUUAGAAAAUUAUUUGAAAACUUUAACUACACGCUUGGCUAAUGAAUGUCCACCGCAAUUACGACAUUUUUUACGGCCAAGUAGUAACGCUAAUAAAAAGGCAGAUGUAGUUGCACCACGAUUUGACAAGUUUUUGGUCAAAACAGUAAGUGGUGUUUUUAAUACCUUAAAGACGGUUGUUCCAGGUUUUGAAAUUGAACAAGAGGAAGAAAAUGUUCCAUUACCUACAUUAAUGCCUUUAGCUGAUAUUCCAUGGAGAUUCAUCGAGGAUAUAAAAUCAAAAAGUUUGGCAGCUGAACUUCAACAAUUAAUAACUGAAAGAACUGAAUAUUCUUGCGUGGAUUCUGCUUAUGAAGCUGUUGAUUCAAUGGAGAGUACUAAUGAUUCUGCAUUAUUUAGUCACUGGUGGGAAAUUGUAAAAAGUUCUUACGAAGAGGAUGUUGAUGAAUUGGAUUCACAUCUAAUACUAACAUGCGUUGCUGUAGAUCUUAUUUGUGAAUUACUGACAGGAAUUGGAAGUAAUAAUGCCUUGCAACAAGAGGCAGUUGUUAGAUGGGCAAAGUUACUUAUUGGAAAUGUUACUGAACCCAUAUUACAAACUGCUACUUUUCGAAUUUUUGAUCGAGUGGGUAAUAUACCACUUCAUACCGUACAAAAUAAACUUUCUGAGGAAUCAUUGAUAUUAUUAAAAGAAAGACUGUUGCAAGAAUUAUUAGCUAAAAUUCCAAAUGAUAUAAAAUUAAUAUUUGGCGAAGAUGAUACAUUGAAUAUUUUAAAGUAUUUACUUGAUUCUUAUGAAAUAAAAAAAGUUAAUAUAGAUUUAAACCUACAAAUACUAGAUGUUCUAGCAUCGCAGUUAUUAAAUUCAUGUAGGUCAAAUCAUACUACAACUGUUUAAUGGUUUCAUUUGUUCAUCAUUAAGCAAAAAAGAUAAAUUCAAUUCCUUUUUUGGAUUUUAUUGAGCCACCAAAAGUUGCUAGUUAUUGAAAUGUAUUUUAGUCAAAAGGAAUUGAUGUGCCAUAUGUACUAAAUUUGUUGACUUAAUAAUGUAGAAUUACAUAAAAUUUUCAAAAAUGGACUAUGUACCUGAUUACACAUUUACACUAAGAAUGCCAAGUAUCUUUUUCAUUAAUACAAGACUCUUUAUAAGUUGUAUGGUGUACUUUAUGUAUAUUAGGUACUACAUGCAUUUAAAUUCUACAUUUAUAUUUAAUGUUUAAGUUUUGUACAAAUAUUUAUGAAAAAUUAUAUUUCACAAUAAAAGUCUAUCAAUAUAUAUCAAAUGAAAUUUAAAUGUAUACAAAAUCUUAGUAAUCUAAUACAUAUUUAUUCUUAUGCAUAAUAACAUGUUUAAUUUAUAACUUAAUUAAGAUUCCUUCCCUUUGCUUGAACCUUUUUUGUUAUAACAAAAAUCACCUUAAUUGUUGAUUGAAGUCAUCUUCUACAUCGUCAUCAUCCCAAUUAUCUUCCCAAACACUGAUAUCUUCAUUGUCUUCUUCAGUAGCUGCCCAAUCUAUCAACAGGGAACUCUUCAAAUUCAUCAUCCUCCUCUAAUAAACCCAAAUCAAUUUUUGCUUUAUCGUUUUUAUUUUCUGUCAUUGUGAGAUUCAAUUAUAACAACGUAAAUAUAUGUAAUAUCACACAUGAAGAGAAUCCCUAAUAACUUGAAUUUUCCAGAAUUUAUCUUUUUUUGCACAAAAUUUGAUUGAUUUAUGAACACUGAAAUGCUAGCGUCACGUAGUGGUAAAACACUGGAACUGAUUACUAUUACUAUCUUUGUCGCACACUAUCUGUGGUACACAUUGUCGCAGUGAGGCGAUACACUAGCGCCGCAGAUGGAAAUAAAAUUACCAAUUAUUAUCUUUUUUUCUAAUCUCGCCGCUGAAGACUGGGGACGUUCUGUUCAAUUCCGUAGCGAUGAAGUGAUUCGCAGCGUAGUAGUUAUUGAGCGUCGAUGAAGACAACUUCUUAGGUACAAUGGGCUUGGAGGAUUACAAAGAACUCGUGGCAUCAUGUGCCUCGAUUUGCACAAUAGGUCAAAUGUUAGCCGGAACGUGCAUUUUAAUGCUUCAAUAUGCAUGGAUUGUGAGGGAUCCUGUGAUGAUUAAUGUUAAUGCUUUUGGAUUACUCACAAAUACAGCAUACAUGGCAGUAUAUUAUCAUUACUCACCACACACGAAGGAUACACUUGCUUUAAUAGGCAAGGCAACAGCUUUUGUAACGAUAUUCCUUACGUAUGCACAAAUGGAAAAUCCCGAGGAGAUCGAAUUUAGAUUUGGUUUGAUUGUGACAAUAUUAUUGUUAUUCUUAAUAGCAUCUCCUCUCGUACAUAUUGGAGAGAUUAUAAAGACGAAAAAUACGGAUAUUCUACCGUUUCCACUCAUAUUUAUGGGCACUAUUGUUUCAUUCUUGUGGCUAUUGUACGGCCUUAUAAUUAACAACGCUUUUAUUAUCUUCCAGAAUUUCGUUGGUUUUAUCUUGUCCGUGUUACAAUUGUCCUUGUUUGUAAUAUAUCCAUCGAAGUCGAAAGACAAAGCUUCUAGCCAAAAGAAGGAGAACUAAAAGAAAGUGGAAUUUUAAGUAUUUAAAUCGUGUACAAAUUAGCAGUUAAAAAUAAGUUCUACAAAUGUGUACAUUAUGAACGAUAGUUUAGCCGUUAGCCAUGACCGUUAACUGUUAUGGCUAGACGAUUCUAAAUAAACAAAGUUUUUUUAAUAAAGUAUUAAAAUUAUUUUUUAGAUUCUGAAUAUUCAUGAGUAUAAGAAUUUCCAUUUAAUACUAUCGUUUUUAGUCGUAAUCUUUAUUCGCUUUGUAUAAUCAACACUACGUGAUAAAACGAUGAAAUAGUCAAGUAGUCAAAUAAUUGAAGAUUAGUUGAAUGCAAAUUGAAGAAUAAUUCUUAGUCUACUAAUGGUCAGAAUUAUCGUUAAAGAUCGUUAGUAUAUAAUUAAUAAUAUGAUUUAGAAAUGAAAUUGUAUUCAGUUAGAUUGCAAUAGUUAAAUUUAGAAUUUCAUCAGAGUAUAAAUAAAUUUAAUCAGAUCUUUUAAUCGGAUGAUCUUUGAAUAAUUACGGCAAGCUUAGAUAAAAUUUCGUACUCGACAAUGUUAUUUUUAAUUAUAAAUUUAAGCUUUGUGUAAAUGUGCACGUGUAUUAAUGGUACAAUGCAGCACGCAAAAAGGGGAGAUCUCCCCCUGCAGUCAUUCAGUUAUAUUUAAAACAGGAAGAUCUUUUCAAUUGGUUAACAAUUGCUCUAAAUGAUGGUAAAUUUUUGGUAAGUGACUGCAUAUGUUAACUGUUCGUUAUUAGCCGUGAAGGAACGUCAAAUCAAUUUAUUUUUUAAUCACAAUGUCGAACAUUUCCUGCGAAUCUAUUGAACUGACGACACAAUUAUUUGAUAUCUCAGAAUUUAUUCAUCGAGAGAACUUGCAAAGUCUAAUUUAGAAAAACUUAACUCAUGUAUAAGCAACAGAGCAUUAAUUGUUUGAAUGUAACGAGCGUCUUUGUAACAAAACGACGGCCCUUGUUCGUUUCUGUACGUAUUUUUAGAAAUUACUUUUCUUUAAAAUCGCUGCUUCUUACUCUUUCUUGGAAAGACUUUAUAAAGUCGCGACUUUUAUCGCAUAAACUUUUAUCUUAUCUUCAGCAUUGUUUUAAAAGUCCACGGUUAUCGCGAUUCCUCUAACAACUGGACAGAAUUCAUUACGUAAAUUCAAUUCCGACCUAUCAUUGUUAAUAAGCGGCAGAAUGUGUACUUUCCAAUGACUGACACACCGGUCUCGGUUUUUGAUCUUUCAGCGUUUUGCGCUUUCGACUCGCAUCUAUUGAGAAUAAUCAAAGGCGAUUACCAUUUGACUUUCUACUGCAGCUACGUUGCACAGAGCAUGCAAAUGUAAUUCUCUUGGCAACUGGCUCCGCUCCAUUGCGAUUCACGUCUACGAUGGGCUCGUUAGUAGUCGUUCUUGGUAUCGGCUUAUUAUAUGAACGACGUACAUCAUCGCUUGACUUUCUGAUCGAGUUUGCCGGCUAAUAGCAGGAAACAGUGACCUUCUACGUAGACGGUAGCGCAUCUGAUACAUCAGUGGUCAGUAACGUGUCCGAUUGUUUGACGGACACCGGUACUCGACGCUAGAUGAACAAACGUUUAUAAUAGAUUUGUGCAAGAUUUAUUUAUUUCGAUUAACUACGCGAAUAAUUGUACAUUUUUCUCCUUUUUUUUUUUAAUAUUGAUAAUUUAACAAAGCAAAGCUGUAGCUUAAUACCAUACUGAUAGGUUUGAGUGACUUUGCCUCCUGGCAAGUUUUCUAUGAGUGAUGAUUUGUAAAUGAUCUUCGUUUUAGUCCGUUCUUAAAUAAUAUUUNNNGAUAAUUUAAAAAGCAGGUGGGAUGAGGUGAGUGCAGAUAUAUUUUCCUCGACCUCUCUCGAUAUAACGAUGAAGUAACGAUCUACGAUCUCAAAGCUGAAUUCUUUUAGUGGAAGUUAAAUUUUAGUGAAAUUAUCUUAAUAACUUUGUUUCCCAACGUAUACUAGUGUUGAACUUGUAUUGAAGAGUAAAAACGAUUUGGGAAUGACGUAAGCUAACUUUAUAUUCUAUCGAAAUAGAAUUCGUUUCUUUAUAAACUAUUUUUAUUAUUUUUGUUAAAUAUUGUUUUAUGAAGAGGAUGUUAAAUUUCAAACUCAUGCGUAUAAUAUUGCAGAUUCAAUGUUUACCUUCAGAAGGAAAUUAAGAAGCAAUGUUUAAUUUCUUCAAUUAAUUUAAAAUCUCUAUCUCGAAAAAAGAAGCAUGAUUCACGCCUGUCACAUUCGGUCACCGAUCUACGUCACGAAACUAUGACUGAUUAUCAUAAUCCAUCCAGAUUGAUUGAUCAACGAACAACGUAACGUGAAUAAAAUUAACAUUUUUUGCUUUCGUUACUUCUCCUCUCUCGAAAAAUAUGUCUAGACUUCCAAAAAAAUUCCAGUAAAGAAGGAAAGGAAAUUGGAGAACAAUCCAAAAUAAAGUGAUCAAUGAUGGUUUUGAAUGUUAAGAAUGUAUCUGUAAUGAAUGUGUUCCUAUUUUAAUAAUCAUAUAGUUUUUAAUAUAUUUAAUAUAUUAUAAUCUAUUAUAAUAAUAUAUAUUAUCAUCUAAAUAUUUAUACUAUAAAUAUAUUAAAUAUAUUUAACAUAUUAUAAAAUAUACGAUAUAUUCAAGUGUACAGAAAUAUUAUUUAAUGUAUAUUCAAGUAUUAACAUAUACGUUAUAAACUACUUAUAAUUACAUACAAGAAAGAAUAAGUGAAAUUCAACAAAUUCCUCUACAAUUGUAUUACAAGAUACACAUGCAAGUUAAAAACGUUAUCAUCUGCAAUAGGAUAUUGAAUAUUAAAAAUAAAGAAUGUCCUAACACUUUUGAGCGACAGUACAACGUUUGAAAAUCGUGUAUACAUAGAAAAGUAGUAAAAAGUCAAAAAAAAAAUUUCUAUUGUAUUAAAAAUCGUUCAGCUGUAAUAAAACCAAAAGAUGGUAAGCGAUAUAUUUCGACCUUUCACAACAUCGUGUAACUUGAGAGCUACAUACUUACAUUAUAUCAAUUUACAUCGUUUUGAAAA